ACAGUUCACAAUCCAACGGUUUGCUAUUGACCAUCGUUGGAAUGCCAUGGGCGGUGAAGAAGAGCUGGGUCUAUUGGCCGAGUUUGGUGAUGAAGGCGUGCCAUGUUUCGAUGAGGAAGCACGACAUCGCAAUCGCCCCAAGCUGAAAGCUGAGGGACCUGGGACUAGGCCACUCAUUUUGCACGAUGCAGGAGAUGAGGACAGAGCCUCUGCUGGUUUGCAUAUAUUUUGGCAUCGCGCUGGCUGGCUGGUGCUGCUGCUCCUUUGCCAGUCCAGCUCUUCUUUUAUACUUCAAAGAUUCGAGUUUCUUAUCAAAUCACAUCCUACUGUGAUCUAUUUCUUGACUAUGUUGGUGGGCGCUGGUGGAAAUGCUGGUGGUCAAAGUACCGUCUUGGUGGUGAGACGGCUGGCGCUGGCCGCUUGUCAUCGAUCUGAAGGGACGACUGUCAUCUCUUUUCGACGGAUUAUUGCACCGGAGAUUCUGGUGGGUGCGAAACUGGCAGUGGUGCUCUUUGGCGCUGCAUUCUUGCGCUGCAUUAUCUUCAAGGUCUACGGAGCAGAAUGUGUGGCGAUUUGUUUGUCGAUGCUUGUGAUUGUGUUCACCUCCACUGCCCUGGGAGCUGCUUUGCCUUUGUUCCUGAGUCAGAUGGGUGUGGAUCCAGCCCAUGCGGGUGCUACAAUCCAAGUGCUGAUGGACGUGAGUGGAGUGGCCCUCACUUGUGUCAUCUCUAGCACCGUUCUGGGAUUUCAGGAAGUCACCUUGCCCGACAAGUCCACCUCCCUCUCUACCAGCAUGCACGGUUCGCUGGAGGUGGUGGUUCGGCAUUCGAGCUCCUUGGGAACGGUUGAAGCGACCAGUGCCCCACCCGGAUAAAGUGGUGGACAUCGCACAAAGAGGCGAUUUUGAUUGCAAGUCUUGAGACCCCAAUUUAAAGAUUUAUUGUUGUAGAUUCUGUAUCACUCAGAUACUCUAUCUUGAUCCGCAAGUCCCAAUAAGGUGAGCUUGCCAUUCCGACUCAGCCAUGUGUGCACUGCAGAAAUAUGCUUGUGCCUUCGUGUAUUGAUCUG